UCAGAAAAUGCUACAAGCACGUGACAAUACGAAUUGAUAGUAAAAUAUUUGAAUAUCAUCAUUCUAUAGAUCUGUAAGUUGUAGACUAUUUAUUCGAAUUGUCUGUACUCGAUUUAAAGAGUUUAUUAUUCCGUACAAUAAUUUAAUCAAAUAAAAAUUUAUUUUGUCGUUAUAUCAUUUACGUGUCAAUCCGCAGUCUCCUAUUAAUCACAUAUCAUGGAUAAUGAGUACAAAGUUGGAGCAUUGUGCGAAUUGAUUGCAUUUAAUGGAAAUAAAAAUAAAACAAAAAAAGAUAAAAAGAAAAAAGACAAUAUCGAGCGUCAAUUCCAAACAGAAUCAAACUUGAAUGAUUUGCCUAAAAAUGAAAAUGCAGAAAAAUCUAAGAAAAGAAAAUCUAAGAAUUCAAACGAACAAUCAAUAAAAAAAAUUAAAAAAAAUGAUAAAAAUUUGUUAGAUUCAUCCUCACAAAUUGAAACUGUUGAUAUAAAAUCAGAAAUGAUUAAUAAAAAAAUGAAAAAAUCUAAAAAAACAAAUCAAAUUAAUGAAGACCCAAAUUCAGAAGCUAUUUCUCCUACAACUUUUGAAAGAAAAAUUAAAAAAAAAAAGAACAAAAUAUUGAAAAACGGUUCAACUAAGCCUAAUGAUAAAACUAAGAAUAUUGAUAAAAAUUCUUUAGUUUCUCCACAAAUUGAAGCUGUUGAUUUAAAACCAAAAUUAUUAGUGUCAACUAAUAAAGCAAAUCAAAUAAAUGAAAAAACACAUUUAGAAGUUAAUGAAUCUAAAACUUUUGAAAAAAAAAUUAAAAAAAAAAAAGACAAAAAAUCAAAAGACAAUUCAACUAAACCUAAUGAUAAAACUAAGAAAAUUGAUAAAAAAUUAUCUAUGACUAAAUCAUCAGAUGGAGAUAUAAAAUCUUCUGAGGAUUAUAUUGAAAAAGAGUCAAGAACCGUGUUUGUUGGAAAUGUUCCGGUUAAUGUUAAAAUGUCGGCAAUAAAAAAUCUAUUUAAAAAGUUUGGAGAAGUAGAAACUACUAGGUUAAGAAGUGUAGCUGUCAAAAAUCUUGACGUGCCGAAACGUGUUUCUAUAAUGAAAGGAGAUUUUCAUCCACAGAGAGAUACUGCUAAUGUGUAUGUACGUUUCAAAACCAUCGAACAGGCACAAAAAGCAUUGGUUUUAAAUGCCACACAGUUUGAAGGACAUACAAUAAGAGUAGACAUGGCUUUAAAUACAAAUCAUAAGCAAAAUAUGAAAAAAGGAAUUUUUAUUGGAAAUCUACCUUAUAAUAUUCAGGAAGAUGAAAUAUGGGACUAUUUCAAAGAUUGUGGAACAAUAUCAGCUGUACGCAUAGUCCGUGAUAAUGCAACAGGUGUAAGCAAAGGUUUUGGAUAUGUAGAUUUUGAAAAUAAAGAAUCUGUUGAAUUAGCUAUGCAAAUCCAAGGUAAAAAGGUUCAAAAUAGAGAAAUUCGCGUUAAAAGGAUUGAAACCAAAAAAAAUACAAAUAAGGUGUUUAACAAAAAACCCUUACCAUUUAAAAGAACCAAACCUAUUAGUAAAAGUAGUCAAAAUUUCCAAGGAGAAAUAAUGAAACCAAAAACUCUAAAAAAGAAACAGAAGCCAACAAAAACGGAUUUAAUGAGGAAGAAGAUUGCUAAAAAAUUAAAUGCUUAAUCUCGUUUGUAUUUAAUUAUAAAAUAAAGUUUUACAUAAGUUUA